AGGACUGCAUACCUCUUUGGAUCGUGUAGAGAGCUUGCGACACUCUUUGACGUGGUAUCAACACCUGAACUAGCGUCAUAGCUAUUAACAUAAUGUCGACAGUUACAACCGACGGAUCUAACACCUCCGACGCCGUGGUUUACUCUUUAGAGGGGAAGACCCUCAAAUUGAAUACAGCGGAGGAUGUCAAGCAAUACGUAGAUGAGAUUAUUGCAACGAAAGGUCUCACCGAAAUCCGAUUGAGCGGAAACACUUUUGGUGUGGAAGCAGGACGGGCAAUCGCGCAUGCAUUGAAAGAUCAGCAUUCUCUUCGGAUAGCGAGCCUCAGCGACAUGUUUACGGGACGACUGCGAAAUGAAAUUCCAUUGGUACUAGAAGCCCUUGCAGAAGCACUUGAGGAUAAGGUCAACCUUGUUGAACUCGACCUCUCUGAUAACGCUUUUGGGCCGGCUGGGGCAGAGCCGCUGCAAAGACUUUUGAUCAAUAACCGAAACAUUCAAGUCCUACGUUUAAACAACAAUGGACUUGGAAUUGAAGGGGCAAGAUUGGUUGCGGAGGCCCUUGUUACUGCGGCAGAAAAGAAUAAGGCGGAAGAGCGCAAGCCUGCUUUGCGAGUUGUUGUUGCAGGGAGGAAUCGAAUGGAAAGCAAAGGAAUACAACAUCUCUGCAAGGCGUUUGAGGCUCACGGUGAGAGUCUGCGCGAGAUCCGCAUGCCACAGAACAGUAUCCGGCCAGAAGGCAUUCAGGUUUUGAUGGAAGCCCUGGCGGCUUGCAAGAAUCUGGAGCACCUUGAUCUUCAGGACAACACCUUUACCGACGUAGGAUCCCGAUCACUCGCCAAGGUGCUCCCGACGUGGGAAAAAUUGAGAAUAUUGCACGUCGGUGAUUGUCUCCUCAGUGCAUCGGGCAGUCUCGCAGUAUUGAAAGCCUUAACCCCCGGACACCUUAACCUUGAGCGACUGCACCUAGCAUUCAACGAGAUGGAUUCGGAGGGUGCAGGAUAUGUUGCUGGCAUGCUCCUGAACAAGAAAAACCUCGUUGCGAUUGAAUUGAACGGUAAUGCUUUUGAUCCGGAAGGUGAUGCUGUUCGGGACAUUAAGCGAGUAUUGUUGGGCCAUGGUCAUGAGGAAGCAUUAGAUGAGCUAGAUGAGAUGGAGUGGGAGGAGGAGGAAGAGGAGGAAGAAGCAGAGGAGGAGGAGGAGGAGAAGGUACCAAGCGAGGCUGAGGGUGACGACGAGGUGUCAAGGUUGACGGCUACUCUGUCGGAAAAGCUUAAGGUGUAAAUAGAUAGAUAGAUCUUGCAUGAUUUUGUUGCUGCACUGUUAUUAGAGCCAGGGAAAAGUAUAAUACGCGAAGCAUCUACUGCA